CAUCCAUCAAUUCCUAUUCAACAACAUACAUCAUCAGUAUCAGUCGAUUCCCCACAAGUUCGUCACUCAGCUACAUACAUUUACAAUCAUCAUGGUCGACGCCCGAACCCAAGCCGAAUUCGAUCAAGCCGUCAAGGAGGUCCGAGUGACGGACGGGCCCAUCAAGCCUACCUUGGAGGACCAGAAGUUGUUCUACGGCCUCUUCAAACAAGCCAACGAAGGAGACGUCAACACCCCCAAGCCCGGUAUGAUGCAAUUCACCGAACGUGGCAAAUGGACCGCUUGGGAGUCGCAAAAGGGCAAGUCGGAGGAGGCCGCCAAGAAGGAAUACGUCCAGGCCUUGUUUGCCAUCUUGGACAGGAUCCCAGGUCCCGAUGCCGACGCUAUCAAGAAGAGGGUCACCGACGCCGGGGAUGCCGCUUCCGCCUAAAGGGAUUGGGAGGUCGAUAGUAGCCGAUUGUUUGACAUCAUAAGACUCGAUUCGAGUUGAACACGAUAUACAAAUACCAUAACGAAUGUCGAUGUCUCGUAGGAGCAACGGGCGCUAUGGAGACAAGUGCUCAUUCUCGCUUACUGCUGACGAUGGGAAAGAUAACCUGCCGCACAGGACUUUUUACACUCGUGUCGAGCAAGACUGAAUCCCCGCAGAGUGUAAGUCGGUUCGGUCGAGGGUACAGUACCUUCAAUGGUCUUCUAUUCGAAAUCGGGAAGCACUUGUGAGGGGAGGAGACGAGGAGUCAAAUGGCUAAUCGAGAGGGAGGGAACCCCAUCGGCCCCUUGACUAGAUUUAGCAUCGAGUUAUUGAAAUACAUUUAGUAUCGGACCUUAGUUAGUAUUGACCUCAGGAGCCUUGCAAGAUCGUAGACUCGGUAUCACUCAAAGACAUCAAGAUGACGGAC